CGAUGAAAUACGCGUAUCGAAAUCCGUCGGAAUUGGUCGAACAAGCUUGAUCUAUUUGUCGACAUGUGUUGAUGCUUGAAAUUUUUGUAGUACGUGUUUCGUAGUACAUUAAACAAAAACAAAAUCGCCAAUAUUCAUCUACAAACUUGGCACCAAAACCAAGUCAGGAUGGCCGAGUGGUCUAAGGCGCUGCGUUCAGGUCGCAGUCUACUCUUGUAGGCGUGGGUUCGAAUCCCACUUCUGACAUAACAUUUUCGUUACGGCGUAACAAUUUUUUUUAAACUGUAUAUAUAUAUGCUGUAUUACAUAUUUUUUAAAUUUUACACAAAGUCAAAAAAUUAAAGGCCAAAAUUCUCUAAAAUUAUUCUGAAACUAAAUAUAAAGCAAACUAGAGCAAUUCAUGUUACUUGAACUUAAAGAUUAUAUUUGAGCACAUCUCAAUUCCAUCAUUUUUGAAAUACGAUCCUCAUUCAAAAUGACAGACGUGUUGUGGGCUUGGUGUGUGAACUUGUUUUGUUUAUCAGCUAAGUUUUACAAACGUGUGUUAUUUGAUAUUAAUUUUAUGUACACAUAGAUGUAUAUAUAUUUUAAUUAAAUUUUUAUUUACUGUAACGAUGAUUUUUGUCUGAAAUUGUUGAUUUUAGCGUGUUUGACAUUAUAGAAUUUCAGUAGCCGGUCAGAAAAUUUUUUUGCUAUUUGCCACAUGAUGCGUGUUCAAAACACAAGGAGAAAGGAAACGUGAUGAGUGGCUAGACAUUUUUUUAUAAACAAUAUUUGAUAUCCUAAUUAAUUACAUAAAGCUGGCUAAACGUUACAACGAACUUUUAUUCAAACUUAUUGUUUUUUUAUUAUCAUCAUGAUUUCAUUUGUGAUUUUUUUAAUAGCGCCGUAAGUGGAAAUUUUUAUAUAGCUAUAGCUAGCUAAAUGUAUAAAGUAAAGUUUUUUACGUGACAUAAAAUGAGUGCAAUAUUUUUAGUUAUUGGUACUUAUACACCAACUACAUUUUAUAUUUAAUGAGUGAUUUACUUGUUUUAGUAUGAGGUAUAAAUGAUCAUAACUACCUCUAAAUUCAGUAAGAAUAAUGUUUACAUCACAGGAACAGUUGUUUAUAUGUAUAUUGUCUAUCUUUUACCCAAGGGAAAAUUAAAAAAGGAUAUAUCCUGCAAUUUUGUUGUAUAGGUAGCUAGCUAUACAUAUAUGAAUAUAUAAAUAAGUAACUUACAAAGGAUGGGAGGCAAGUAUUCAGUUGUGCAAGAUUUAUCAGGGGAUGGACAGAAGGAUCAGCCAUGCGGUGAUCCGAAAUGUCAAAGACCAUCGUGUAUUGGUAACACUUGUGGGAUCCCUGGAUGCCAGCGCCAAUCUUGUGUUGUUCCUUCAAAGGAAAUCCAGUAUAAUGGAGAUGAGAAUGCAAGAAAGAAUCGUCCUAAAGAAGAAAAGCCAUGUGGCAAUCCAAAAUGUCGAAGGCCGUCAUGUAUUGGUAACACUUGUGGUAUCCCAGGAUGCCAGCGGCCGUCUUGUAUGGUUCAGCCAACAGAAACUCUUACUAAUGUAGUGGAUAAUGACAGCAAUGACCUUCCUAAAAGGGAUGUUGUACUAGAGGAGGAGGAAAAUGAGAAAAUCCCUGUUAUUGCAUCACAACCAGAGGUAGAAGAUGUUAAAGAAGCACCAAUUAAAUGCACACCCUCAUCUCUUGAGUCUGAAGCUGCACCACGAGAGAAACCAGAAAUAAUUGUUCCAGUUGAUGACGUUGUACAACAACCAGUUGUUCCUGUUCCAGCACCACGUGUCUCCUCCCAGUCACUUCCAUCUAAUGAGAAGCCUAAUGCCUUGCAACAAGAUGUUAACAAUCAAACCCCUGUAUUUAUACCGGUUCCGGUCCCUAGAAAACAGAGUACUAAGAAAGAACCUGAAGAUUUUUCAAAAAAAGCACAACCAGAAGAUGAUGACAUUUCCAAAGCUGUACCAACUCAUAUUUCUACAAUGAAAGAACCAUUAGCAGACACUGAUAAAAUUGAGCAAUCGGAUGUGCCAGAAAUGAUACCUUUUAUAAUGCCUGAACAGGAAACACUAGAAGAGCCUGUUGCUGCAUCAGUGGAAUCAGAACCGCUUCCAGUGCAGCAAGACCUUGCAGAUUUACCAACACCUCAAGAGAGAACAGAACCUGAAAGCACUUUUGGUCCUGACCCUGUGGCAUUGCCUAUCAUGCCUGAAUUUAAAUCAACAACACUAGUUUUACCUGAACCUAAUGCAAUACCCGAAAAAUCCGAAAAUUCGCCCAUUGGCAUACAAACAAUUAAAUCAGAGCCGCUUCCAGUGCCCCCAGAAUUGAUGGAUUUACCAACAAGUUCAGACACAACAGAGCCUGAAAGCACAUUUAAUCCUGACCCUGUGAUAUUGCCUGUCAAAGCCGAAGGGCAGCUACCAAAGAUUCAACCAUCACCAAUAAUCUUACCAAGGCCAAAAAAUCCCAAUCAGGUACCUAUUGUUGAAGACCUGGUCAAUUCAUCCAUUGUAGAACCACCACUAAGGUUAAAACCAUUUCCAGUGAAGCAAGAACCCUUUCCUGAUUCACCAAAACGUGCAGAAAUGCCACAACCCGAGGAAGAAUAUGGUACCAUUGACUUACCACCUGGAGAAAGAGAGGCAACUGCAGCACCUGAAAUAACUAAACCAUCGCCAGUAAUUUUACCGGAAACAGAAGUGCCCACUGAGAUACCUGAUGUUCCAACUGUUAAAGAACCUACAAAGUCACUGGUUGAUUUCCCACCAGUAGAAUCAGGGGCACCUUUCAUACCUAAAGUAAGUGCCCCAUCAGUAGUACAUUUACCUGAACCAGAAAUGCCCACUGAGACACCUGUUGUUCCAACUGUUGAAGAACCUACAAAGUUACCAGUUGAUAUACCAACAGUGGAAUCGGAGGCACCUGCAGUAACUGACCCAUCACCAGUAAUUUUACCUGAACCAGAAUUAGCCACUGAGACACCUAAUGUUCCAACUGUUGAAGAACGUAUGAAAUCACCGAUUGAUUUAGCACCAGUAGAAUCAGAGGAACCUGUAGCACCUAAAGUAACUGACCCAUCACCAGUAAUUUUACCUGAACCGGAAGUGCCCACUGAGACACCUGAUGUUCCCACUGUUGCAGAACCUAUGGAAUCACCAAUUGAUUUACCACCAGUAAAAUCAGGGGCACCUUUGAUACCAAAAGUAACCGAUUCAUCACCAGUAAUUUUACCUGAACCAGAAUUACCAACUGAGACACCUGUUCUUCCAACUGUUGAAGAGCGUAUGAAAUCACCGAUUGAUUUACCACCAGUAGAAUCAGAGUCGCCUGUAGCACCUGAAGUAACUGACCCAUUACCAGUAAUUUUACCUGAACCGGAAGUGCCCACUGACACACCUGAUGUUCCAACUGUUGAAGAACCUAUGGAAUCACCGAUUGAUUUACCACCAGUAGAAUCAGAGGCACCUGUAGUAACUGAUCCAUCACCAGUAAUUUUACCUGAACCAGAAUUACCCACUGAGACACCUGAUGUUCCAACUGUUGAAGAACGUAUGAAAUCACCGAUUGAUUUACCACCGGUAGAAUCAGAGGAACCUGUAGCACCUAAAGUAACUGACCCAUCACCAGUAAUUUUACCUGAACCGGAAGUGCCCACUGAGACACCUGAUGUUCCAACUUUUGAAGAACCUAUGGAAUCACCGAUUGAUUUACCACCAGUAGAAUCAGGGGCACCUUUGAUACCUAAAGUAACUGAUCCAUCCACUGUAAUUUUACCUGAACCAGAAUUACCCACUGAGACACCUGAUGUUCCAAUUGUUGAAGAACGUAUGAAAUCACCGAUUGAUUUACCACCAGUAGAAUCAGAGGCACCUGUAGCACCUAAAGUAACUGAACCAUCACCAGUAAUUUUACCUGAACUGGAAGUGCCCACUGAGACACCUGAUGUUCCCACUGUUGCAGAACCUAUGGAAUCACCAAUUGAUUUACCACCAGUAAAAUCAGGGGCACCUUUGAUACCAAAAGUAACCGAUUCAUCACCAGUAAUUUUACCUGAACCAGAAUUACCAACUGAGACACCUGUUCUUCCAACUGUUGAAGAGCGUAUGAAAUCACCGAUUGAUUUACCACCAGUAGAAUCAGAGUCGCCUGUAGCACCUGAAGUAACUGACCCAUUACCAGUAAUUUUACCUGAACCGGAAGUGCCCACUGACACACCUGAUGUUCCAACUGUUGAAGAACCUAUGGAAUCACCGAUUGAUUUACCACCAGUAGAAUCAGAGGCACCUGUAGUAACUGAUCCAUCACCAGUAAUUUUACCUGAACCAGAAUUACCCACUGAGACACCUGAUGUUCCAACUGUUGAAGAACGUAUGAAAUCACCGAUUGAUUUACCACCGGUAGAAUCACAGGCACCUGUAGCACCUGAAGUAACUGACCCAUUACCAGUAAUUUUACCUGAACUGGAAGUGCCCACUGAGACACCUGUUUUUCCAACUGUUGAAGAACCUACAAAGUUACCAGUUGAUAUACCAACAGUAGAAUCAGAGGCACCUGUAAUAACUGAUCCAUCACCAGUAAUUUUACCUGAACCAGAAUUACCCACUGAGACACCUGAUGUUCCAACUGUUGAACGUAUAAAAUCACCGAUUGAUUUACCACCGGUAGAAUCAGAGGCACCUGUAGCACCUGAAGUAACUGACCCAUUACCAGUAAUUUUACAUGAACCGGAAGUGCCCACUGACACACCCGAUGUUCCAACUGUUGAAAAACCUACAAAAUUACCUGUUGAUUUACCACCACUAAAAUCAGGAGCGCCUUUCAUACCUAAAGUAACUGACCCAUCACCAGUAAUUUUACCUGAACCGGAAGUGCCCACUGAGACAUCUGUUGUUCCAACUAUUGAAGAACCUACAAAGUUACCAGUUGAUAUACCAACAGUGGAAUCAGAGACACCUGUGGCACCUGUAGUAACUGAUCCAUCACCAGCAAUUUUACCUAAACCGGAAGUGCCCGCUGAGACACCUGAUGUUCCAACUGUUGAAGAACCUAUGGAAUCACCAAUUGAUUUACCACCAGUAGAAUCAGGGGCACCUUUAAUACCAAAAGUAACCGAUUCAUCACCAGUAAUUUUACCUGAACAAGAAUUAUCCACUGAGACACCUGUUCUUCCAACUGUUGAAGAGCGUAUGGAAUCACCGAUUGAUUUACCACCAGUAGAAUCAGAGGCGCCUGUAGCACCUGAAGUAACUGACCCAUUACCAGUAAUUUUACCUGAACCGGAAGUGCCCACUGACACACCUGAUGUUCCAACUGUUGAAGAACCUAUGGAAUCACCGAUUGAUUUACCACCAGUAGAAUCAGGAGCGCCUUUCAUACCUAAAGUAACUGACCCAUCACAAGUAAUUAUACCUGAACUGGAAGUGCCCACUGAAACACCUGUUGUUCCAACUGUUGAAGAACUUACACCAGUAAUUUUACCUGAACCAGAAUUACCCACUGAGACACCUGAUGUUCCAACUGUUGAAGAACGUAUGCAAUCACCGAUUGAUUUAACACCAGUAGGAUCAGAGGCACCUGUAGCACCUAAAGUAACUGACCCAUCAGCAGUAAUUUUACCUGAACCGGAAGUGGCCACUGAGACACCUGAUGUUCCAACUGUUGAAGAAUCUACAAAAUUACCUGUUCAUAUGCCAGCAGUGGAAUCAAAGGCGCCUUUGAUACCUAAAGUAACUGACCCAUCACCAGUAAUUUUACCUGAACUGGAAGUGCCCACUGAGACACCUGUUUUUCCAACUGUUGAAGAACCUACAAAGUUACCAGUUGAUAUACCAACAGUAGAAUCAGAGGCACCUGUAGUAACUGAUCCAUCACCAGUAAUUUUACCUGAACCAGAAUUACCCACUGAGACACCUGAUGUUCCAACUGUUGAAGAACGUAUGAAAUCACCGAUUGAUUUAUCACCAGUAGAAUCAGAGGCACCUGUAGCACCUGAAGUAACUGACCCAUUACCAGUAAUAUUACCUGAACCGGAAGUGCCCACUGAGACACCUGAUGUUCCAACUGUUGAAGAAUCUAAAAAAUUACCUGUUGAUAUGCCAGCAGUGGAAUCGGAGGCGCCUUUGAUGCCUAAAGUAGCUGACCCAUCACCAGUAAUUUUACCUGAACUGGAAGUGCCCACUGAGACACCUGUUUUUCCAACUGUUGAAGAACCUACAAAGUUACCAGUUGAUAUACCAACAGUAGAAUCAGAGGCACCUGUAGUAACUGAUCCAUCACCAGUAAUUUUACCUGAACCAGAAUUACCCACUGAGACACCUGAUGUUCCAACUGUUGAAGAACGUAUGAAAUCACCGAUUGAUUUACCACCGGUAGAAUCAGAGGCACCUGUAGCACCUGAAGUAACUGACCCAUUACCAGUAAUUUUACCUGAACCGGAAGUGCCCACUGACACACCCGAUGUUCCAACUGUUGAAAAACCUACAAAAUUACCUGUUGAUUUACCACCACUAAAAUCAGGAGCGCCUUUCAUACCUAAAGUAACUGACCCAUCACCAGUAAUUUUACCUGAACCGGAAGUGCCCACUGAGACACCUGUUUUUCCAACUGUUGAAGAAUCUACAAAGUUACCAGUUGAUAUACCAACAGUAGAAUCAGAGGCACCUGUAGUAACUGAUCCAUCACCAGUAAUUUUACCUGAACCAGAAUUACCCACUGAGACACCUGAUGUUCCAACUGUUGAAGAACGUAUGAAAUCACCGAUUGAUUUACCACCGGUAGAAUCAGAGGCACCUGUAGCACCUGAAGUAACUGACCCAUUACCAGUAAUUUUACCUGAACCGGAAGUGCCCACUGAGACACCUGAUGUUCCAACUGUUGAAGAAUCUAAAAAAUUACCUGUUGAUAUGCCAGCAGUGGAAUCUGAGGCGCCUUUGAUGCCUAUAGUAACUGACCCAUCACCAGUAAUUUUACCUGAACUGGAAGUGCCCACUGAGACACCUGUUUUUCCAACUGUUGAAGAACCUACAAAGUUACCAGUUGAUAUACCAACAGUAGAAUCAGAGGCACCUGUAGUAACUGAUCCAUCACCAGUAAUUUUACCUGAACCAGAAUUACCCACUGAGACACCUGAUGUUCCAACUGUUGAAGAACGUAUGAAAUCACUGAUUGAUUUACCACCGGUAGAAUCAGAGGCACCUGUAGCACCUGAAAUAACUGACCCAUUACCAGUAAUUUUACCUGAACCGGAAGUGCCCACUGACACACCCGAUGUUCAAACUGUUGAAAAACCUACAAAAUUACCAGUUGAUAUACCAACAGUGGAAUCAGAGACACCUGUGGCACCUGUAGUAACUGACCCAUCACCAGCAAUUUUACCUAAACCGGAAGUGCCCGCUGAGACACCUGAUGUUCCAACUGUUGAAGAACCUAUGGAAUCACCAAUUGAUUUACCACCAGUAGAAUCAGGGGCACCUUUAAUACCAAAAGUAACCGAUUCAUCACCAGUAGUUUUACCUGAACCAGAAUUACCCACUGAUACACCUGUUCUUCCAACUGUUGAAGAGCGUAUGGAAUCACCGAUUGAUUUACCACCAGUAGAAUCAGAGGCGCCUGUAUCACCUGAAGUAACUGACCCAUUACCAGUAAUUUUACCUGAACCGGAAGUGCCCACUGACACACCUGAUGUUCCAACUGUUGAAGAACCUAUGGAAUCACCGAUUGAUUUACCACCAGUAGAAUCAGGAGCGCCUUUCAUACCUAAAGUAACUGACCCAUCACAAGUAAUUAUACCUGAACUGGAAGUGCCCACUGAAACACCUGUUGUUCCAACUGUUGAAGAACUUACACCAGUAAUUUUACCUGAACCAGAAUUACCCACUGAGACACCUGAUGUUCCAACUGUUGAAGAACGUAUGAAAUCACCGAUUGAUUUAACACCAGUAGGAUCAGAGGCACCUUUAAUACCAAAAGUAACCGAUUCAUCACCAGUAAUUUUACCUGAACCAGAAUUACCCACUGAUACACCUGUUCUUCCAACUGUUGAAGAGCGUAUGGAAUCACCGAUUGAUUUACCACCAGUAGAAUCAGAGGCGCCUGUAGCACCUGAAGUAACUGACCCAUUACCAGUAAUUUUACCUAAACCGGAAGUGCCCACUGACACACCUGAUGUUCCAACUGUUGAAGAACCUAUGGAAUCACCGAUUGAUUUACCACCAGUAGAAUCAGGAGCGCCUUUCAUACCUAAAGUAACUGACCCAUCACAAGUAAUUAUACCUGAACUGGAAGUGCCCACUGAAACACCUGUUGUUCCAACUGUUGAAGAACUUACACCAGUAAUUUUACCUGAACCAGAAUUACCCACUGAGACACCUGAUGUUCCAACUGUUGAAGAACGUAUGAAAUCACCGAUUGAUUUAACACCAGUAGGAUCAGAGGCACCUGUAGCACCUAAAGUAUCUGACCCAUCAGCAGUAAUUUUACCUGAACCGGAAGUGCCCACUGAGACACCUGAUGUUCCAAAUGUUGAAGAAUCUACAAAAUUACCUGUUGAUAUGCCAGCAGUGGAAUCGGAGGCGCCUUUGAUACCUAAAGUAACUGACCCAUCACCAGUAAUUUUACCUAAACCGGAAGUGCCCACUGAGACAUCUGUUGUUCCAACUAUUGAAGAACCUACAAAGUUACCAGUUAAUAUACCAACAGUGGAAUCAGAGGCACCUGUAGCACCUGAAGUAACUGACGCAUCACCAGUAAUUUUGCCUGAACCGAAAGUGCCCACUGAGACACCUGUUGUUCCAACUGUUGAAGAACCUACAAAGUUACCAGUUGAUAUACCAACAAUGGAAUCAGAGACACCUGUGGCACCUGUAGUAACUGACCCAUCACCAGUAAUUUUGCCUGCACCAGAAUUAACCACUGAGACACCUGAUGUUCCAACUGUUGAAGAACGUAUGAAAUCACCGAUUGAUUUACCACCAGUAGAAUCAGAUGCCCCUGUAGCACUUGAACUAACCGACCCAUCACCAGUGUUUUUACCUGAGGCGGAAGUACUCAGUACUGAGACACCUGUUCUUCCAACUGUUGAAGAGCCUACAAAAUUACCAGUUGAUAUACCAACAGUAGAAUCAGGGGCACCUUUAGCACCUGAAGUAACUGAACCAUCACCAGUAUUUUCACCUGAAGCGGAAGUACCCAGUACUGAGACACGUGAUGUUUCCACUGUUGAAGAACCUAUUGAAACACCGAUUGAUUUACCACCACUGAAAUCAGGGGCACCUGUAGCGCCUAAAGUAACUGACCCGUCACCAGUAUUUUUAUCUGAACCGAAAGUCCCCACAGAGACACCUGUUGUUCCAACUGUUGAAAAAGCUCUGAAUUCACCGAUUGAUUUACCACCAGUAAAAUCAGAGGCACCUGUAGGACCUGAAGUAACUGACCCAUCACCAGUAAGUUUACCUGAACCAGAAGUGCCCACUGAGACACCUGAUGUUCCAACUGUUGAAGAACCUAAGAAAUCAACGAUUGAUUUACCGUCAGUAGAAUCAGAGGCACCUGUAGAACCUGAAGUCAUUAAACCAUCACCACUAGUUUUACCUGAAGGAAAUAGCAACUCUGUGACAACUGCUGUUAAAAAACCUGAUGUAGCAUUUCUUCCCACAUCGUCUAAAUCAAAGUCUUUGCCGGAGGAGAACGACUUUAGCCCUAGUAAUAACGAAAUACCUGAUAUGGAUAGUGAAAACGGUGUUGAAAUGGACCUAGCAUCUAAUGCUUUCUCUCCAGAUAAUAAAUCUGACAAAAACAAAAAGAAGAGAUUUGUAUUGAAAAGAAAAUCGAAGCAGGGUAGUAAAGUAGCAAUGCUUAGAAUGAAGUUUUCGUGAAAUUGCCGUUUGAAUUUUAUCGUACUUUGAUGUGGGCAUGAUAUGCAUGUAAAUAAACGGUGUACAUAAGAUGUACAUACCACACAGUGUCAGCGAACGCUGUUUUUAUUUUUACAUGAUUUUAUGAACCAUUCUUUCGUGGUGGAUAAUCUUUUAAAGUUUUGGUCUGA